ACUCAGAGUGGAGCAAGAAAGGGCCCGAGAAAGACAGAGAGAGGAGGUAAUGUUUAAUGUGGCACCAGCGUGCCUUGACCGCUGCUCCAUGACUAUAUGAAAAAGUUGGACGUUGAGAAAAACCUCUGCCCACCUGCUGUGACCUCAACCUGCAACACUUUGUUGACCUGAGUCCGAUGGCGAAGAAUGACCCGAACGAUUCCCCUCCUCCCUACUACCCCACUUCCAUCCACACUCUUCCUCCCCUCAAGUCCUAUGAGGAGGUGGUAUAUGGCGUUGGUCCAGGCUCGACACCCCUCAACCAUCCGCGUUACGUCCCUCGCUAUCCAGCACAUGUAGUCACUCCCCAAGUCACAGUGGGAAGCACACCACCCAGCAGAAAGAGGAGGAGGUGCUGCAACAAUAAUGCCCAGUGUUACGGAGGGUCGGGAGGAACCUUCCUGGUGCUCGGCCUGCUGGCUCUGGCCAUCUGGCUUGGAAUUCAUUAUGGCACCCGCUUGGCAACUGUAGUCAUCUUCAGUGAUGAUGAUGGCAAUUUUAAUAACCCUUCUGUGAAUCAGCCCACACAAGAGUUUGACACCUGUCCCAACACUACUGAGAUUUGUGAUGGGAUAAGAGACUGCACCCUUGGCACUGAUGAAACAAACUGUGUGAGGUUUGCCGAGGAUGGCAGGCUGGAGGUCAAGACGUCUCAAGAUGGUCGCUUCUUACCAGUGUGCUACAGCAGUUGGAACCAGAACCAGGCUAACCAGACCUGCGCUCAGCUUGGAUUUAGAAACUUCUAUUCCACAAAAGAGGCAACAAGCUUAGAGUCCAGAGGUCUGACAGUGACCAGCAAACCAUCUGCUCCAAUCCAGGGUCGGGUAGAAAUCAGUCCUUCCUGUCCAGACAACAAGGUUGUCUCCCUGCAGUGCACUGACUGCGGAGUGCAGCAGUCCACAGCCCGGAUCAUUGGGGGCUCAGUUGCCAGAUCUGGUCAGUGGCCUUGGCAGUUGUCGCUUCACGACAGAGGAUCUCACAUCUGUGGAGCAGUCCUGAUCUCCAAGGACUUUGUGCUGACCGCUGCCCACUGCUUCCUAAGAAAUAACCUCUCACCACGAGACUUUGAGGUGUAUGGUGGAGCGGUUUCUCUGGACUCACUGCCAGCGCCGUACAAGGUGGAGAAGAUAAUCCUCAACCACAACUACAACAGCACCACCAAUGACAACGACAUUGCUCUCCUUAAACUCACAUCACCUGUUGUCUUUGAUGAUAAAGUGCAGCCAGCUUGUCUGCCAGCUUCGAAUUUGGAUCUUGCACAUAGGACCGAAUGCUGGACCUCAGGCUUCGGCACAACUGAUGAGAAUACAGGCGGUGUCUCCAGGGAUCUGAUGGAGGUGAAUGUAUACAUCAUUGCUACACCGGUGUGUAACAACCGCCGUGUGUACAGGGGUGCUGUUACCAAUAACAUGAUCUGUGCAGGGGACCUGAAUGGAGGUCGUGACUCUUGUCAGGGUGACAGCGGGGGACCUCUGAUGUGUCAAAUUGGGGAGCGUUGGCAUCUGGUGGGGAUCACCAGCUGGGGACAGGGCUGUGGUAGAGUAAACAGGCCAGGUGUUUACACCAGAGUCACAAGUAUGCUUCCCUGGAUCUACAGCACUAUGCAGCAAGAGAAACCAUGAUGGCUAAGGCCGCUGGUCGUCUACCUUUCCUCUUCAUCAAUGAGCCUGCACUGUGAAGCCGUCUCUGAGAGGCGGAUGGAUUUACACUCAGAAGAAGGAAGGAAGUGAUGAUUAAAAGUUACAUGAUGGCAUCAAGGAGCUAAAGCACAACAGAAUACACAACUUAAACACAGGACUUGUGUUCUGUGUCAUAUAAUAUAUCCAUCCACUGUUUAACACAUUAACCUAAAACGCAAUGCACUGGCUUCACUCUUGCAGUUUUGAUUUAAUUCUCUCUGUUUUUGGUGUCUCAAUCACACAAUUGACUCAUGCUUUGCAUUUUAAGAAAGCUUAAAGGAUGGCUGGCCCUUCUCUCAUAUGAUCUGUGCUGAUGAAACGAUGACUCUCUAUAACAAUUGUGGAGGUGUGCUUUUUCUUCUCAGGGACACAUCUUUUAAACACAGACUUUUUGUUUACCAUGUAAGGACACUUUAUGUGUUCACUUUGAUGAAGGAAAGCAGUGGCACCCUGUCUGUGUGCCUGAACCCCUGCUUUUAUGCACACUGUGAAUUUUUGCUUACAUUGUGCGUCUUUAUCUAUGUGUGUUGAAGUUCUCUGAUCAUAUUUAUGCACAAUGGCUGUGUUGACUAACAGUUUUCUGUUUGUGUAAUGAGUGGGAUCACUGUGUAUACAUGAAAUAAAGA